AUGCAGCAUCUAAGGACGAAGCGCCCAAGAUUUGGUGCUGAAGGGUCGGCGAAACGCCCGCGCAAGCACAUCUCAUUUUCGCGGGACGGCAACAAGGUUCGUUUUGUAAAGCCGCCGCCGCGUUCCAUGAACCGCCGCUACUGGUUCACGGAAACUGAGUCGGUUGUCAAGAAGGGCGUUUCGUUCGAGAUUGAGCCGGACAUUAACGUGUCGGUGGAUGUGGGCUGUCGCAUGCAGCUGACGAGCAUCGCGUCGCAGUCUUCGAGCUUCCUUCACGCCUCGCCGGGUGGAGAUGCGGUGGGUAAAAAAAGGCACGGCAGCAGCACGAGGGUAUUCUUGGAGGUCAAAGUGGGUCCCUCGUUGGGGCUCCUCGGUGGGGCCCGCGGCUCCUCGCGAUGGUAUACAGUCGCCUCUGUCAACGAGGGGCAUGUGGAGAAGACACGCGUAAUUCUUCCUCCUGGCACCUACAUGCUGCGCUGUGUUGGAGAAAGACCGAUACAGAUCUUCGCGCAGGCCUGGGAUCUAGAAACAAAGCUGGACUAA